GGCGAUAAUCCGGAAGAAGCGCAACAGCAACGAGUGUCAGCUAAUCGUCGAGAGCGUCAACGGACCAAAGAACUUAAUGAUGCUUUUGCAAUUCUUCGACGUAUUGUACCUUCAUUACCAUCAGAUAAGAUGAGCAAAAUUCAUACACUUCGAAUAGCCACUGAUUACAUUCGAUUUCUUGAUCAGAUGAACGGUGACGGGUGUCGAUUAUUUGGUUGUGAUAUGCCGUUAUAUGAGGGUAACCUACAAACCACAUUUAAUAUGUGGCGUGGUGGUAUGGCUUCUCAACCGCAGUAUUAUCCAGAACAUCCAAUUCCUCAACAACAUCAACAACAUCAGCAAUAUAUUAAAAGUGGUUAGUA